ACAUGACUGAAUGUUAAAGGACCCAUGAUGACUGUCCAGAAUAUCUCCUGUUGAAAAACUCAUACGUGCUUCUCAGUUUUUACAAACACAGAGUCAGAGAUGUCACAAUAUUACAUUAAUGGCACUGUACACACUUGACAGAAGGCUUCUUAUGUUAUUAGUUUUUUUUUAAUUAAUUUAGUGUUUUAUAAGAAUUAUCCAAAUUUCCUGUAAUCUUUGCUUGACAAGAUUGUAAAGAACAGACUUUAUGGCAUUAUUCUUUGAGAAUGAUAUAUCAUACUUUCCCCUUUAAAAAACACUUCUAUGUUUUUCUUCUUGAUUUAUGGAGCUUAUGUUUCUCUACAUCUUCUUUGUAACAUCUGUGUACAAGAUGAUCAUUGUAGGGACUGAGGAACUCAAACAAGCUGUGAUCAUAUUAAAGCAGUUUUUUUUCAUCAAGGUUUAUGGUUGCAUAUUCAACAAAAAUUGAGGAACACCUAACAAUUUAAAACUCAUUGCAGACAAAUGGACAGAUUAUACUGUCAUUAUCUGCAAACCUAAGGUGAAGUUGAUUAAACAGAGGGGUCCUGCUGGAAAAAACAGCAAACCAGCAUUGUGUUUUGGUGAAGGUUUGCUACAUAGACCAGCGUAUCAUGCACAUCUGGUGAACAGCACAUGGAAAUAUGGAGGAGAUGCCAACAAUUACAACUCAGUGCUGAACUACAUUACCCACAAUCCUUCAGUGUGUAUUAUAGAGGAAGAUUCGGUGUCCUGGCUGCUUGGGUUACUCUAUACCCCUCAAUACAGACGUAAAGGUUAUGUCAAAUGACUGGUGUUAGUCAUAUCCCAAAAUCUCCUGGAGCACAGAUACCCUGUGUGUAUAGUUUUCACAUCACUGGCCUUAUCAGACUAUAAAUCUGUGUGGUUUGAGCUGAAUAAACAAGAGAACGAAUAA